AUGUUUUCUCGUACAGCUGUGGUCUGUCAACUUCUUCAUCAAUUUCAUCAACCAUCUCGAUCAUUUUCAAUGAAAAACUUGAAAACUUCAUUCAACAGUGAAACAGUGACAAAUAUUUUCAAAAAUAAUUGGAGAAGCUUAGCAUCAAUCACACAACCAGUUAAAAGAAAAUUUUUGGCUCGAUGGCGUCGUCGUUUUCGUAAUGCGCUCAUAGUAACCUUCGUCGUUGGUGGCUCCGUCUACGGUUAUAAACUUUAUCGUUCUCGUCAAUGGUACAAUGAAAUGCGUGAUUCUGAGCUGACUAUUGGACAAAAACCUCGUGUCGUUGUGUUAGGCACAGGAUGGGGAGCUGUACCUCUUUUAAAACACAUCGAUACGUCAAAAUAUGAAGUUGUUUGUGUUUCACCGAGAAAUUAUUUUCUGAUGACUCCAUUAUUACCUUCAGUAAGUGUUGGAACAGUCGAAACAAGAACAGUUAUUGAACCAAUACGAACCCUCGUGGGACCAAGAAUUAAAUAUAUUGAAACCGAAUGUAUUAAUGUUAAUCCAAAAGAAAAAAUAAUUACAUGUUCAGCUGAUGGAACAAAGGAAAUCACUGUUGCAGCUUCCGAUCGUGAUAAAUUACCUUUGGAACAAAAUAUUGAAGACAAUAAAGAGGGUGGAUCAUCGUCAAGAAAAAUUCGUGAUAGUGCACGAACACGUCCUAAAUUCGAUAUGAAAUAUGAUUAUUUAGUUGUAGCUAUUGGCUCAGAAAAUAAUACAUUUGGAAUACCCGGUGUUGAAAAACAUGCUCAUUUUCUUAAAGAAGUUUUAGAUGCUCGAAGAAUUCGAUCGGCUAUUUCGGAUGCAUUUGAAUCAGCCAUGGUACCAUCACAAACAGAUGAAGAAAAAAAACGUCUUUUACAUUUUGUUGUUGUGGGUGGAGGACCGACAGGUGUCGAGUUUGCGGCUGAGUUAGCCGAUUACGUUCGUGAAGAUUUAAAACGUUAUUUUCCACGAUUAGUUGAAAAUGAUGUUAAAAUAACAUUGAUCGAAGCGUUAGAUCAUGUUUUAUCAAUGAUGGAUAAAAAGAUUAGUGAUUACACUGAAAAACAUUUUCAUCGUGAAAACAUUGAAGUAUUAAUUAAUACAUUUGUCAAAGGUAUUAAACAAAGAGAAGUUAUUGUUCAAGAAAAAGGUUCGACAGAAUUAAAAUCAAUACCGUGUGCAGUUGUUGUAUGGGCAACAGGAAUCAAAGCAAGACCAUUAACAAAUAAAUUACGUGAAACUAUUGGUACUGAUAAACAAAAUAAUCGUAUGGGUCUAUUAACUGAUAAAUAUUUAAGAGUAAAAGGUGUUGAUGAUGGAACUAUCUAUGCACUUGGAGAUUGUGCUACCAUUGAACAACAAAAAUUAUUAGAUCGAAUACAACUAUUAUUUGAAGAAUCAGAUAUACAUAAACGUGGUGCAUUAACAUUAGAUGAAUUUAGAUCAUUGAUUGAAAACAAAAUUAAUGAAUAUCCACAGCUUGAAAUAUUUCAAAAAGGUAUUGAAAAAUCAUUUUAUGAAGCUGAUAAAACAAAAUCUGGACAGAUUACAUUAGAAGCAUUACGUUCAGUAUUGGAAAAAGCAGAUAAAAAAUUACGUUCUCUCCCAGCCACAGCUCAAGUAGCAACACAAGAAGGACGUUAUGUUGCAGAUUUAUUAAAUUAUAUGGCACAUCCAACCACAACAACAACGUCUGAACGAUUCAAACCGUUUAAUUAUACACAUUUAGGAUCAUUAGCGUAUGUGGGUGGUGAUGCAGCUGUUAUCGAUUUCAGUGGUUCAAAACCUCUUUUAGACAUAUUUUCAUUAAAGCCAUUGUCUGGUAGAGGUUCAUAUUACUUAUGGAAAUCAUUUUAUUUUACCGAACAAUUUACAACAAGAACAAAAGUUUUAUUAGCGUUUGAUUGGCUGAGAUCAAAUAUAUUUGGAAGAGACCUUAGUCGAUAUUAG